UCCGAGCUAGGGCUUUGUAUACACUCCAUAGCACUCGGCCCUUUAACAAUGGAUGGGAAGAUCCGGGCCGAUUGUUAAUGGACGGGGCCGGGCAGCAGCGGGGAGCUGAAGUGGGAGCCUCGGUAACGGGGGACGAGAGAUGCGCUUGGAGCGUGAUACGAGUCCAGGAGCCGAUCACUGACUGAGACCAGGUUGUUCUGCCUUUUGAUCUCUUGACUUCCCAUGCAAUGGAGCUUGAAGGGUUGUGGUGGAAGGGUCAGCUCGCUGCAGACAUCCAUCAGGCGCUCCGCUAUAAAGAACUGAAGCUUCCGACCUACAAAGGCCAGUCUCCCCAGCUGAACCUAAGACGCUACUUUGCAGACCUGAUAGCUAUUGUCAGUAAUCGAUUUAAGCUGUGUCCUACUGCCCGUCAUCUCGCUGUCUACCUGCUGGACCUCUUCAUGGACCGCUACGACAUCUCUAUCCAACAGUUACACAUCGUGGCGCUUUCCUGUUUGCUCCUAGCAAGUAAAUUUGAAGACAAGGAAGACCGAGUGCCAAAGCUUGACCAGCUGAAUAGUCUUGGAUGUAUGACCAACAUGAACCUGGUGCUAACCAAACAGAACCUGCUCCACAUGGAGCUUCUGCUGCUGGAAACCUUUGAGUGGAACUUGUGCCUCCCAACUCCUGCCCAUUUUAUAGAUUACUACUUGUCCAUUGCUGUCCACGACACUGACCUCCAUGAUGGCUGGCCCAUGAUCUGCCUAGAAAAGACCAAAAUCUACAUGGCCAAAUAUGCAGACUAUUUCUUGGAAGUAUCGCUGCAAGAUCACGUGUUUUUAAAUUACAUUCCAUCGCUCGUGGCAGCUGCGUGUGUUGCAGCCUCACGCAUUAUCCUGCGGCUCACACCCUCCUGGCCUAUGAGGCUCCACCGUCUUACGGUGUACUCCUGGGACAUCCUUGUGCCUUGCAUUGAGAGAUUACUGAUUGCACAUGACAACGAUGUGAAAGAAGCCAACAAGCACAAAUCUCAGCUGGGCCAUGCAGCGACUCCAUGUUUAUUUCCGCAGUCCCCGGCGCCGCCACAAGCCCACAUCCAGCAGCACGUGCCCCACUUUCUGCAUUCCCAGCACCAGCUUCAGUUUCAUCACCAGCCGCCACCUCAGCUGCCCAGCUGUCAGCAGAUUGUGACGACAGCCCAUACGUCAGCAUUCCCUCUUCAGACCUGCUCCUCUGGCCUGACCUCCGGCAUCCAGCCCCGGGCGCACAUACAGACUGCCGCCAGCGUCUCUAUAGCCGCUGUGCCAAUAGAAGUGAAACCCUGCAUAGGGGUGUCUUAUAACAGAAACUUUCCAGUGAACGGACACUACUCCUGUAUCACUCAGUGUUUUGAGAGGUGAUGAAGGCCUUGCAUUACCUCUGUGCCCUAUUGGGGCAAUAAAUACUGUGAAAUCUACAAUCCUUUUGUUUUGGGGUGCUACCCCCUCCCUCAUUGAUGUAUUACCACAGGAAGCGUCUGUUACGCGAGCAAAGAGAGUCUGAGAUUAAUGGGGGACUUGUUGGCCAAACCACUCAAUGGUGCUAAAGAACUAAUGAACUGCCUAGGACACCCAGUCUUCAGGGAAUGAUAUAUAUAUGUUGUUUUUUCUCCAGACGACAUUCCUGAUAUGUUAUGAAGGAGAAGUACAGUAUUACUAUGUUGCCUAUCCAUGAAGAUACGGCAAACUUGCCUUCACCCAUCGCCAGCAUCGUACCUGCUGCGAGCCGGUGGCUGUUUGUCGUACCACUGGUUCCUCUACUGGUAGACGAAGAAACUUUGCUAAAAUAAUUCAAUUAUACCUCAUUUUUUUUAAGGCUAUCUUUCACACUAACUCAGGGAUAUAAUAUAUAUCUAUAACCUCCUCCUCGUCAUGCUGCUGGUGAUUUUCUUUUAACAUAGGGUUAGACCGCAAAAUUACAUUUUGAAGCUGCUGUUCAGCCCCCGUCUUUGGCCGAGUCGCCUUGUGGAAGCAGUGUAGUGUAACUUGUGUCCAGGUAUGUACUGUGUGCUGUUAAAAGAACAAAUGUGAACGUUGGUAGUACACCCUCCUUCUUAAUUUUAGAUGAGGAUUUGACACAGUAGGUAGGAUUAGAUAUAGUUUAUGGUGUGACAUCUUUCCAAACCAAAUGAUGAUGACCAAAACUGGUGUCUAUUACAGGAACAGAAAGUUUAAUGGGACUUUUGCUCCAAAAAUAAUUUUUAGGGUAUGUCAUGUCAAGUAAGUGUGUCAUUAACAAGUCUAUCUACUAUAUAUAUGAGGGACUAUCUGCCAAAAUAUGAUGUUGGCAGGCGGAAAGAAGGUCCAUGCAAGUUGACUUUCCAAUCCCAGUCCUAUUGUCUUGGCAGGAGGUUGGCCACCGCUAGAGGUGUCCGAAGGGGCUUUCUCCUCUCUUGCCAUUGAAAAUACACGCGUGCUUGACCGAACCGAGCAUGAAUGUGAAUGGGGGGUCAGGAGGAAUAGCUGUUGGACAGCUAUGGGAGUUCCAUCAGUAGGGGUUUUUCUUUGUUCCUGUUGAUCCCCAACAGGUGACCACAUAUGAACAGCCAUUUUCUCUCUGCAAUCAAUUGUGAUCCCAGUUUCCAGACCCCUAUUCCAUGCGGUUCUAAUGACCUGUCUAAUCUUGCAUUCAAUCGAAAAGACCCUUUAAUGUCAAUUCUAGACAUAAGACAAAACCACCAUUAAGCCGGGGAAAUUUAGGCAAAAAUCCAAGUUACAAAGAAGGUUUCGAAGAUUACCGCCUCAAGCAAUUUUGCAAUUUAUCGAAACUUUAUGUUGUCAGUUUGUCCAAAUAUUGUAGAACGAUGUGAUAUCUCUAUUUUAUGACUUAUUUUCUUAGUGUAUGUAGGAAUAUUCCAUUCAGGUUAUUUAAUCUUAGUUUAGUAGCGUUUACACGGUUUGUUUGAAGAUCUUGGGCCUCAUGUAUAGAAAGUAGUGGAGAGGAAAAUCCGAGGCCUUGUUCAUAGAAGCCAAACAGGUUCCAGCCUUCAUUUUAUUUUUCAAUGUGGGUUGAUCUGGUUGUUUUAGGUCUUUUUUUUUUUUUUUUUUAAAUACCUGUUUCUAUGCAUGAGGCCCAUAAUUGUGGUCAGUCAAAGUGCCCAAAUACUAAGGAAUCCUCAUUUUAUGCAUAUGGCAUUCUGGCGUGAGGACUUUAGAAGUGUCUUUAUUUAACUACCUCAUUAUUACAGAGCUGUGUCCUAACUUGAAUAACCGCUAACUUGUGAGCCCGACUUUUUUAGGAAAUAUAGUUUUUGUGUAUGUUGUGUCUUUCCCCCCUCCCCCCCCCCCCCCCCCCCCCAUCAACCACUAUAGAACAUACUAGCUAAUUACUAACACUGGAGCCGUUCUUUCGGUAAGAAAGGGAACAAUUUAGAGAAAAUUAGAUUUGAUAUCCAAAUAUGACAUCUGUACACAGUCCAUUUUGACUUUUUUAUUUUUUAUUUUUUUUUUUAUUGUAGAAGGCAGCAAGUUUUGACUUACAAAAAACACUAAAAUUUAUUUUUUCUUUGUUUUCGAUUAUUAUUUAUUAUGUAGCAUGAUAGGUUUGUUGUGCAAAGACAUAAUCAUUACAAAAAACAGCCAAAGCUAUGUUCACGAACCGCUGUUCAUUGGAAAGGGACUUGACCAGAUGUUACAUGUUUGAAUGCAGAAGCCAAAUUGUUGUGGGGGUUAUUUUCUGUGGGGAUGUGUCGAAAUUGUUGGAGUGUUCAACAAACAACAAAGAAUUCUGGGUGAGUGCUAUGCACUUUGGAUUUUUUAAUAAACCUUUUC